CAACUGUCUAUUAUUGUCAAAUAACAUUAAACAUUCUUGUAAUCUGUAAUUCUCACACUUUCUAUAUAAUAUGGAAGUAAUUCUGUAGAUCGUAAUUUCUGUAGAGUUUUAGUACUAACUUUUACGAUAAGAUUUAACAUAAAUAUUUUUUAACUAAUUAAUAAAAUGAAUCGGGGUACAAUCAGUCUUUAUAAACCCCUGACAAUAAUCAGUAGGUCAAAAGGUUAUAAACAUCCAGGUGGAAUUCGUUAUCCUGGAGGUAUUGUUUAUUUUCCUAGAGAUCCAAAUUACGUAGAACCCGAUGUGAAACCUUCCAAAUUAUUCAGAAUAGAGCAAAUCAAAACCACAAAGCACCUUCCUUAUUGGGAAAGGAAUAUCCUUGAGAGUCUUAAACUAAAAGGCAUUAACCAAGUUACAAUUGUUAAAAAUGCUCCUGAAAUGAAUGCAAUGUUAUGGAAAAUUAAACAUCUUAUUAAAAUCACCCCAAUCACAUUUCCAUAUGGAGAACCCACAAAAGAAGAUAUUCAACAUACAGUUUUAAAAGAAAAUGGAGAAUGCAUCGUCACAAAGACUAUCAAACCAGAUGAAAGCCAAGUAAAAGCAUUUGAAGAAUUUGAGAAAAAUCCAAAGAAAAUGGAUUCCACUACAAUUAAAAGGGAUUCUAGACUCAAAUGGAAUAAUGCAUUCUCUGGCGGUUUCUAAAACUUAUUUGUAUUGUAAAUAAAUAGAUGUAUAGAUAAUAAA